AUGUUUCGAUUUCACAAGCCCCUCGACAUCAUCACCCUCUUCCACAAAGCCAGCUCCCCAGCCUCCAUGAGGCUCGCGGCGGCGCUCAGGCAGGCCUCUGCCGCCGCCUCAGAGACCUCGACAGAGGAUCAGGCCAGCGACCACACGGCCCAGACCAACGCCGUGGGCCGCCCCGAAUUCAAGCUCGAGAUCACCGAGACCCCGCCCACCGCCGACCAGCUGCAGACCAUCCUCGAGUACGUCGGCAAGCAGCGCAUCCCGACCAUUGUCAAGGGCGCUACGGACCAGGCGGAUGCCCUGCGCAAGUUCAAGGAAAAUUCCGAGAGCUUCCAGAGGCCUGUGGUCGUGGAUUGGAACAAUGGCAAGGCCGCUGCGGGAGGCAACGAGUCGGAGAUUCUGAAGAUGCUCAAUGCCCUGCCCAAAUAA